CGCAACCGCAGCCGCAGCCGCCGAUACCUGUAUCUCUCCUCUUUUCACUUCCUCUUCCUCGUCUCGGCACAGAGAGUGAGAGCCUAUGUGCGGUGGUGGUGCUAUCGCGCGUUUCCCGAUAUCGUUCGGCAACAGAUAAUAAACGAGCGAGGUUGACACUGAUUCACCGAGGAGCCUCCGGCUGACUGGCUGUGGCUCAUCAUGUUCGCCAAGUCCAGGGGCAGCAGCACGACCCCGUGCGACUUGCUUCCCGAUCCGAUACGCAACACGUACGAGAUCGGCAAGCAGUCCGCCACGGCCGGACCGGAGAACGUCUGGCGCAUAUACGACGGAUAUCGGAAAAAGGACAACAUGGAGGUCUCGAUCUUCCUGUUCGACAAACGAUCCGUGGAGAAGCUGCACAAGCCGAAGCGCCGGGAAACGGUCACGGACAUACUGCGCGCGAGCGCCGCUCGGAUGGAGCGGUACUCGCAUCCGAAGCUCCUCCAGGCGUACAAAGUGGAGGAGUGCGCGGACACGUUGGCCUUCGCGUCGGAGCCGGUCCUCGCCAGCCUGGCGAACGUCCUGGCGUACAAGGAGCAAUUGGCGAACGCGCUCGCCGCGCAAUCCUCGGGGCCGAUGGGAAAGCAGAACCACCCGCCGACUACGAGCCACCGCUCGACCUUCGUCAAGGAGUACGAGCUGCAGGAGCUGGAGAUCAAGUACGGCCUUCUACAGAUCACGGAGGCCCUGCUAUUUCUUCACGGCAACUGCAAAUUUCUCCACAGAAACGUUUGCCCGACGAGCAUCAUUAUCACGAAGAGAGGCACGUGGAAGUUGUCGGGGUUCGAGUUUAUCGAGGGUGCCAAGGAGAUACCGAUAACCGUGCAAUCGUGGACGAAGCACAUGCCGAAAAUGACUCAGCCGAAUCUCGAUUACAUAGCGCCGGAGGUGCAGCAGAAAAAGCUCGCGAGCUUCUCCAGCGACAUGUACAACCUGGGCAUGACGAUAUGCGCGAUUUACAAUCAGGGCCGGCCGCUGAUACAGGCGAAUCACAGCUGCUCGGAUUAUCUCAAGCAACUCGAGACCCUCGACGACCAAGUCGCCGUUAUUUUGCCGCUGAUACCGCUACCGCUUCGGGAAGCUGUUACGCGACUUCUCCACAAGGAUCCUAUGCAAAGGCCGACCGCCCAAGUUUUGACCAUGAUCAAGUUUUUUCAAGACCCGUUCGUGCACGCUCUGCAGUUCCUCGACGUCAGCAAGAUGAAGGACGUGCAUCAGAAGGAGCACUUCUACACGACGACUUUGAGAGAACUCUUGCCGUACAUGCCGAGGAAACUCUGGUAUCAGCACAUCUGGACGUAUCUUCACGCGGAGUUGCAGACGCAGGAAGUGCUGUCAGCCGUGCUGCAGCCCAUGCUGUACAUCGUCCAGAACAGCACGAAGGAGGAAUACGAACGGAUCGUGUUUCCCACGCUUAAACCUCUCUUCAACAAUCGAAAGUCGAUUCAGGGAACCGUGACCCUGCUGGAGAAUCUGCACAUCAUCCUGGAGAAGACGCCCCAGGAAUACGAGCACGAGGUGCUCUCGAUGCUGUACAAGUCCUUCGAAAACUCGACCAUGCAAGUGCGGACGGCUGCGUUCGUGGCCGUUGCGCAUGUGACGAAUUAUCUCGAGGACGACGCUAUACGUAACGUGGUGCUGCCGAAACUGCUUGACGCCUUCGAGAACAAUUCGGCGAAUGCACGGGUGCUGAUGGACGUGGUCCCGUGCAUCCUGAGCCGUCUCGAGAAGCAGAAGAUCAUCGACUGCAUCCUACCGCUGCUCUGUAAAGUCAAGCUGCAAGAACCCGAGAUCGUCGUGCGGGUUGUAAAUAUUUACAGGCUAAUGCUGACCGACAAGAAAUAUGGGUUGUCGGUGAAUUGGAUGGCGACGCAUGCGAUGCCCUCUCUGCUACCGCACACCGUGAACCCGAAGCUGAAUCUCGAACAAUUCAUCCUGCUUCUCGAGGUGCUGCAAGAUAUGCUGAACAACAUCGAGAGAAAUCAGAGGAACAAGCUGACGCUCGACAAUCUCUCUUUACCGAGUCCGGACAAGUCUCGGCCGCUGCGACAUCAGUACAGCACCGACAACGUGCACGUGCCGGCGUUUAACAUCCCGAAUUUGCGCAUCGAGCAACGCAAGACCUCGUCGGCCGAGGACAUGGCCAGGAAGAACAGCAUCGGAUCCAUAUCAACGGCCUCCGCGGAAAACAUGGCGCGGAAAAGUUCGGUGGCGGCGAUGUUCGGCGGAUGGUUCAACUCGCCGUCGGCCAAUGACAGUAAUUUCCUGCGGGUCGCCAACACGUUCACCAGCAGGCGACUGUCGGACAACACCCUGAUGACGCCGAAGAUACGGAUAGCGCCGUCCUGCGCGAGCUCACCAGGUGGGACGCCCAACACCGGCGGCGGCGGCGGCCUGCCGAUCCGUCGACACUCCAGCACCGGUCCCCAGGAACGACGCGGGUCCAGUAUUAAUUUAUCCCCACCCACGGUAUGGCCCACGGGGGGCGGAAUGCCGAUCACAAGCAGCAGCGUGCCGUAUCUGCUCAGUUCGAGUCUGAACAGUAUUCGUGGCUCGAGACGGCCGUCCGUGUCCUCGACAUCGUCGCAGCAGGGGCUCGGGCUACUGCAGCAGGUUGGCUCCAGCAUGGUAAGACAACUACCCCCCAUCUGCCUGAACCUGAACGGACCACCACCACCACCAACACUCUCUCCAUCACUCCAGCUACCGGGACAGCAUUCCCACUGACCCUCCGUUACAGUUACCAAUUCUUCAAUAGACAGCCCGAAGCGUGAAGUGCCAACGACAAGUGUCGCUGAACGGAGCUCGGACAAGAUCGCGGUGGUUGUGGAGUCUCUGACUAGCGCGCAUCGAUUCCCUCGCACGCUCGGCCAAUCGUAAAGAAAGAAGGAGGAAACGUGACGAUAUAAACGUGACGAAUCGCACGGAGGCACUCGUCCAAGGACGGACGCAUCCCGGCGAACGAGACGCGACGCCCGAUUCUCCCUUAAUUGGCCUCGGAAUCCCGGGAAUAGCUCUGUCGCCGGGGAUCGACGAUUCUCGAUCUACGACCUGGGGAAAUAGAUCGCGAAUCGAAGGGGAAUGGGAAAAGCGACUCUCGCCGCGGAUCACUCUGGCCAGAUCGGUCUGGACCGAGCGAGAGAGCGAGCGAGCGCGAACGAGCGGCUUGCCUUGACCCUGUGAGCGCUACAAUCCUGGCUGAGGUAAUAUUUUUCGCGACAGAUUUUUCACUUUCGUCGGGAUGGGGGGAUUUCAGAGUUGCUAGUUGUUAUUAAAUUGAUUUUCAAUUUAAUUAUGUGAUAAUAUGGUUUUCUCUCUCUCUUUCUCAUUUUCAAGAGCGGUGAUUGAAGCCAAAAGUAACAGCGCGCAAUUCGAAUGAAUUGGAAGCUGUACGUAAAAAUCACGUAUGAAAUAUUAUUUCAGCAUCAAGAUCUCGUUUACUUCUCAUAUAUAAUAUUUACGUGAUAUUUCAGGAAUAUUAUUUAAUAUUGAACGCUUCUAGGGGGCGAGUUCACCUCCAUUUACGCUCGCUCGCUCGCUCGCUCGCUCGCUUCGGAUCCAAUUUAACGCGCGUACAAUCUGAUACCUAAUAAUAUAUACGUAUACAUAUAGUUAUACACACAAUAUACUCUUCGCGGCCGACAUCGGAUCGCGAAUUGACGGCCGCAAAUUAGUCCGGGGAAACCACUCUUCCCCCAUCCAAGCCGGGCUAAUUGCACCGCGUGUAUCUCCGUAUAUAUCACCCUCGCCGCCACGUAGUGGACCGAGGGUUCAGGGAUAGAUGGUUUGGAAGUACGUACGUGUACAAACGGGCAUGGACACGCGGGAUGCAUCAGAAGACGCCGACCGAUUCCGCGAACCACCCUGGACUGGUGGUCCUCACGGGUUCAAUACGAAUGCGUUAAAACGAGAUUGAUUUUUGGAUCGGUGCAAUUUCCGAUCUGUUACGUGCUCUCGCUUCCUUCAGUGUGACAUUAGCAAUUAGGAAUCAAAUUACAACUCGCGCGUAUCGAUUCAACGCUCAAUGUAGCCGUCCGACUUCGAGCUUCACCUAUCUGGACCAGCGAUCGUUCGCUGUAAAGCCUUGUGUCCACGAUACUAGAAAUUGGUCCAAGAUCUCGGACCAGAGAGAGAGACAGAGAGCAUAGACCAUUUCACAUUUGAACAAUUCGGCAAACUAACUAAUUCGCUCUCUGACCGAGAUUCCAGAUUUCUGUGAUCGUGGACACAAGGCUCAGAGCGGAUUCAGAACAUUCGGGUUCCGAUUCUCAACACAGUAGUUCGAAUCAAAGAUAUCCGGAGGGUCGCGGCUUCUGAUCAAUCUCGUGUAUCAAGGAAGCACGUCGUAACUGUAAGUACCUACGUACUCAGAAAAAGAAAGCAAAUACAUAUAGAUAUUAUAUAUACACGUCUCUCUUAGCUACGUACGGACAAAGAAUGAAUAUUUUUCUCGUCGAUAUAUAUUUGUCUAUGUAACAAUCUAUAAAUAUGUAUAUCGUAAUAACGGCGUGCACGCACAAGCGUCCAGCACGUGCCGUCAGUCGUCAAUUGUCGCACUACACAAUCAUUAAAUCUUAAGGUAGCUUUUAUAACUCAGGCGAUGUCGUUGUGCGAAGGCGGGUAACGCACACUUCCUACAAAUACACACACACACACACACACACACAAACAUACACACGUACACGCGCAGUCGUUGAGUUUCCCCGCGGAGCACGACGCGAUAUUGUCGAUUGAAUUGUCGCGCAAAUAAUGACACCGAUAAAAGCCGAGGAGUAACUAUGAAUUGUUCGAUGUAUUUCAUCCGUCCGCCCUCUCUCUCUCUCUUUUUCUCUCUCUCUCUCUCUCCCUCUCUAUAAACUAUAUUUCUUGGUACAAUCAAUGGCGUAACAGGAAGGAGUGAACGGUAUAUAUUUAACAAUUCAUAGAAUUACUCCGUUUCCGAUCAAAGAAUUUCUUACCAAGGAGAUCUCGAUGUCGCGAGCAGACAGUCAAGAUUGUCCCAACAAUAGUGCGGAAGUAUUUAUAAAAAUUACAAAUUAAAAGAUGCGCUACUUUUA